AUGGCACGGACUAAAGGACACACGAAGGCCUCCAUCAAAGGGUUGGCCAUGAAAUGUACCCGGACGAUGAAUCAGAUAGCAGGCGAGAUCAAUAGCUUCAAAAAGCUUCAUGAGGCCAAGAAGGCAGCCAUAGCAAAACAUGUGAAAGCAAAGAAUGCGACGAUACAGGGCGUGACGACGCAGGGAGCGACGAUGAAGAAUGCGGCAUUAAAGAGGGCAGCAGCCAGAGCAGCCAAGGCAAGGAAAGCGGCCAAGGUCAAAUUCGAGCAAGGACAAGAUGAAUUCAUCCAAGAAGCAGAGACAAGACUGGCGGGGCUGCAGGAGGAGUUACAAGCGUUCAAGAACAAACAAGACGGCAUGAGGUCGAGAGCAGGCGGCGUUGCAAGGCUGAACGUUGUGGAGAUGACCCACGAGAAUAACAACGCAUCAAGGUAUUCCCAAUAUCCUCAGAAAGGCGAAGAAGGUUACGAGACCGGCAGUGACACUGAGAGCGAGGAGGAGUGA